AUGGGUGUCAACGUCUUGGAUGAUUCUGAUGGGUGCAAUGAACAUUCAGCUCUUGCAACAGAAACCUCCACCCACUCAACUUCUAAUUCAGAACUUGAUUCUGACACAAAGAUUUUUGAAUUCUUGAUUAGUGAGGAUAAGGAGAUCAAUACUCUUAAGGAUGACCUGCAAAGGUUAUCUGGGAGUUCUGAAAAAAUCUCAGCAAUGUUAUUCGGUGGGUUGAUGGAUUCUUUUCCUAAAACCACCUUAUUUGAGGGUUUUAAAUCAGAUAUGCUAGGUUUUAAUAAAGAAAAAAAUUCUCAGGUAAUUCCUUCGAUUAAAUUACCUGAUGAUUUAUUUGAAGAAAGUAUAGAUCCUUGGAGGUUUUCGUUAAUUGGUAGAUUGAAUUUACAACAAGUUAAAUUUGUUGAUGCUGUUAUUCGUCUUCGUCGACAAUGGAAAUUAACAGGGGAUUGUAAGUUAAUACCAUUAGGAAGGGGAUUUUUUACAAUCAAGUUGGAUAAUGAAAUUGAUCGUCAAUACAUUAAGGAAGGGAAAUGGGAGGUACUGAAUCAUGUAUUACAGGUAAGAAAAUGGAUCUCUAAUUUCCGUCCUGAAAUUCAAAGAACUUCAAAAGCUAUGGUAUGGGUUAGAUUACCAGGUUUAGGACUUGAGUUUUGGAGUGAAAAGAUAUUGUUUAAGAUUUGCAAGGAAAUUGGUACACCAAUCAAAUUAGAUGAAGCUACUGCAAGAUGUGAGGUUGGGUAUUAUGCAAAUGUCUUGGUUGAAAUUUAUUUUGCAAAAUCUGUUCCUAACAAGGUUGUUAAAGCUCAUAUUCCAUUUGAUAAUGAUAGGUCUGAGGUUGAUAAGAGUAGUUCUAAUACAUCAAGGAGACAGAGUAACACAUCCAAUAAUGCUAAUACUCAGGUGCUUGAAGAAGAUGUCAUUAUUUCUAAUAUUGUUACACCUGUCAAUAAUGUUGGUAAUUCCAUACCAGCUAACAUUAGCAGUGGAAGGUUUAAUGUACUUAAUCAAGCUGCAUUUGAACAAGAAGAUGAUACAAGUGUUGAUGAGGAAAUCAUUGCAGAACGAGAGCCUAUAAAACAACUUUCAAAUACUGAAAAUCCUGAAGUGGAGAGUGUGGUUAAAUUUGUUGAUGUUGUUUCAGGAAGAGUUUCUCAAGUUGAUAAGAGUCAAAAUCACAAUAUGGGGGAUAAUAUAGAAGACCAAUCAGGUAUCCUUGAAGUUCCUAAAUUAAUCAAGUUAGCUGAGGAAAAUAGGUUGCAAAAUAGUACUGUUACAUUUGUUAAUGGUUCUAAUGGAAAUGUAACAAAUGAAGUUGUUCAAGUUACAUCUUGGGCAAAGUUGGUUGAAAAAGAAAUGGUGACAGGAAGUUCUUCUUCAUCUCCAAGUAAAACUAAGGUGAGUAAACCAGUUCCAGUAAAUAACAAAUACAAUUUCAGGAAAAAUCAGAAUAAAGGGGGAAUGAAGAAAAUGGUUAUUCACAAUUCUACUUCAGAUAAUAAAGGCAACAUAUGGCUCUUUUGGAAUGCAAGCAUAACUCAGCCAACUGUUAUUUCAAUGUCAAGUCAGAUGGUCACUGUCAGUGUAGGUGAUGUGCUGGUUUCCGGUGUGCAUGCCCAUGUGAAGUUAGUUCAAAGAAGAUUUUUGUGGUCAGAGAUGGAAAUGAUAAGUGAAAUGAAUAAGCCUUAG